UGAGCAGCUGAGCCGCUGUUCCUGCUCACAUCAGCAGAGGGAAACGUUGCACACUUUUUCCUUCCUCCACCUCCAGACAAUAAAAACAAGGCGAAGCAGCAUCUCCACCAUUCAAAGCCUGGCAUCCGAGCUAUGUGUGAGGAGUGAGCGGCUCUCAGACUGAAAAUAUGGAUCCACGGGCGCCGAGCUGGGACUAGAGAUGUAGUUGUAAGGAUGCCAGUAAACUACAUCUCUCGUUUGCUCCUCUUGGUGUCGGUCUGCGCGCUCCGGGAGGCGCUGGCCAAAUCUCUUCCAGAUCAAGGAGCAUUUGAGGUGCAAAUAAAAGUCCAAGUGUUCGACAACAGCGACUUGUCGCCGCUGGCAGACGCUCAGGUGGAAGUCCACGGCAAUCAAACCGUCUUGGCGUCGAGCCGUGCCGGCAGCGAUGGCGUCCUGAGAGUCAACUUCCUGUACCGCACAGGAACAUGGGUCAUCAUCACAGCCUCCAAACGAGACUACGUCACCAACUCUGUGCCCUGGCACUCCAGCCGGAUCCCCCUGUAUGCUUCCGUCAGCCUGUACCUCCUCGUUCAGAGGCCGGGAACGCUUAUUCUGUACGAUGACGUCCUGCAGGUGCUGUCUGGGUCACCAGGAGCUCGUAACCAGCCGCUGGUGCAGCUCCAGAGGAAGUCCCUUCAGCUGCCGUCCAACUCCAACUACACGGCACUGUCCGCCGUGCUGACCACAGCCAGGACUCAGGACGAGAUCGGAGGAUUCCCGUUUCUCCUGGGCCAAGAGACCAACAGCUCAGGCGCAGAGACAGGGUGGACGGACCUGACAGGACUGGCCGUGGUCAGCAUUCAGCUCUUUGACAAAGAUGGCAGCGCGAUCCAGGUGUCCGAUCCGAUCCACAUCUCUGUGCCGCUGCCGUCCGACACCCGCAACAGGAUGGCCACGAGCGUACCUGCUUGGCUGUAUCAGCCUAAGACGGGACUGUGGGUCAGGAACGGGACGGGCUACAUCAAGAAGGACGGCCAACAGUUUGUCUGGAACGUCGUGGUUCCUCAGAUGGGGUACUGGUUAGCUGCCUUCCCUUCAUCUUCAGGAUUGGGUCUGUCUCAUCCAGGCUUGAGGGACAUCACCACCUACCACACCCUGUUCCUGCUCUCCAUCCUGGGCUCGCUGGCCCUGCUGGUGCUCAUCCUGCUUUGUGUGCUGCUCUACUACUGCAGGUGUGGGGAGCGUAGGCGCAGGCGGAAGUGUUUAAAACCUCGUCGACAGCAAGGGAAACCCCAUACGUCCAAUCUAAAUGGUGCAAAGAGAGACCAAGGUACAUCCACGUCUCGCCUAAAUCUGAUCUGUGGAGGCCAUGUUGAGUCCGGCCCCUCUAACGAAAAAUCUGAAAUGUCUCCAUCCCGAGACUACCAGAGUUCAAAGGAGGACUUAACCAAGCAUGUUCCAGCUCACAUGCUGCGACACGCAAAGGGAAAAAAUGCGGCAGGUCCCCAAAGAGGUGAAAGUUUCCCAAUGAAGGUCACACGUGCCACAGAAACCAACAAUCUGGACAACCCUUUGCUGCAUGAAGACUACAACCGGAGCUACAGCCCAAUGGAGGGCAAGGAGUCUGAAUACCACCGACACCACAACGCCAACGACAAUCGAGGAUACUCCUCUGAUCCUCCAUCACCGCCUCGCUUCCAAGGCUACGUGCCAAGCCAGUCGGACAAACCUCCUGAAUAUUCAGCAGCUGCUGCAGACAGUCUCGCCAGGCCCACGUCCCUCAACACCCAACCAGGUCAGAUCAUCUUCUGCAGCAACCUUGACCAGAUGAAGGAGAACAUGUACCGGAGCAUGGUGCCAACCCUAGUCAUCCCAGCCCACUAUAUGCGCCUGCCCUCCGAGUUUUCUGGUAAAGAUGGCAAAGACCAAAAGGAUCAAGACAAAGAUGGUGCACAGAUGGGAGGAGGCCAGCAGCAUCAUCACCACCACUCUCAGAAAGGCCAACAGCAGCAACAGCAGCAAGGUGGAUCCCAAGGUGACGACUCAGAGGAGCCGAGCUGGGCAUCCGACUCCUCCGGUGGACCUGUGACCAUCCCUGUGCUCUUCAACGACUCCACAAUGGCUCAGAUGAAUGGGGAACUGCAGGCUUUGACUGAGAAGAAGCUACUAGAGCUGGGUGUUAAACAGCAUCCAAGGGCGUGGUUCAUCUCCCUGGAUGGACGUGCUAACUCUCAUGUGCGCCACUCCUACAUAGAUGUUGGGAAUGACCUCAGUGGCGGCGGAGGUGUAGGAUUCCUAAGUGGUCCCAACAGCACCCGAGAUAUCAACCUUGAACCACCUCUGGAGGCCCAAGAACGCAAGUCAGCAAUCAACCGGAAGGGAAAAGAUGAGCGUUGGGGGACGGGAGGACGAAAGAGCCACGGUGUUAGUGGCGGUGGGAAGAGUUACUCCAAGCUGGCCUACCCUGACCACAGCGAGCCCAGCAGCAGUGAGGGGCGCCCGGUCUCGCCCGAAGAAAACUCCCUCACCCCUCUUCUCGAUGAAGGUCCAUCCUCCCGAGGAUCCACCAUCCCCAGAAGAGGACGCAGCCGAGUGAACAGCAGCCGCAGCAGCAACAGCGAGAACCGCCGCGACUCCAUGACCAGCCCCGAGGACGACCCCGACGACAAAGACGAGAACAAGAAGAGCCCCUGGCAGAAGAUCGAAGACAGGCCUCUGAUGGUCUUCCACCCCAGGAAGUGAGCUUUUUGAACUUACUGAACACUGGACCUUUAAACGAAGUUUUCAAAUGGGAAUCUUUCUACAUCGAACAUGGAAGCCGAGCGAUGUUUUCACCGAGAGAGAUCACAAUAAGCACAACCAUGCUUCACUGGUCCAUUUUCAGGUUGUUGUUUGACCUUUGUGUUCCUGGUGAGGUGCUUUUGCACUUUCUGAUUACUCUCGUAGUCUCACUGUCAGUUAAUCUUAUUACUGAGAUGAUCUGUUGUAUACUGAAACCUAUCCAGUUUAUUGUGAAUUCUGUCACCUAUCACAUCACUGAACCAUCGUCUGAGCCAUUGCAUAUACUGAUUGUGGAAAUAGCCAUUUUAUAGAGCAGAGUAUAAGAAUGAAGCACUUACUAAUAAUUUGAUAAUUGAUUGAUGGAUACUGACCGAGCAUUUGGAUGUGGAUGACAUUUUCUAUGAGGUUGUUUAGGUGAAUUAGAUCUCCUUCCUUAGACUUGGACACACGAAGGCUCAUAUGGAUGGUAGAAGAUGUGCGCCUUGACUACUUCCCCCUGUAAACUGUAACUAGGAUAAGUUUUCUUUAAAGGAAACAGUUUCCCAGAGUUUGAAUAUGUAUCAGUUUUUCUUGAGGCCCUGUGAACGGAUAAUGCAAUCUAUAAAGUCCAACGUGCGACUUGCAUUUUGCUCCUUCAGGGAUGUACUUGAUUUCCUCUUCCUUCUGUACUGUGUUGACUUAUUGAGAUAGUAAUGAUUUGAAAUGUUGAGCAUCAUCUUAAAGUAUUUCUGUCAUCCUUUCUGUCAUUGAUUUAUCGCAGUGAUCUACAGUUCUGCCAAAACCUUUUUGCAUUUCUGCCUUUUUCCUGUCGUCGAGAGUUUUUUCCGGACUUCUUUGCGAUUUCCGUCGUGUAAAUAGGUUCCCAGACAUUUGAAAGACCAUUUGGUGUAGAAAGAAAGAAAGUUGCAUGCAUACAAUAUGAAUGUAUGAAAUAAAACUAAAGGCACCAAAAGCCCCCCACAGUUCUUUGGGCUCCUGCGUAGACAACCUCCCCGCCAAAUCGCCAAGAAGCUUUGGUAAGUCUGAACAGAUACAGCUGAGCAAAAACAUCACUUUACUUGAGGACUUAGCUGUUAAAUAUUCUACUGAGAUCGACCGGGGUUGUUUGUAGACAGGGUCCUGUACCACUUCUCUCCUGUAAGUGCCUUCUUUCACAUAGGAUCGAGUGAUAGGCAUGCAGGUCCCUUUUUAAAAUGCAGUUUAACCGUCACCUAAACUUCGCCGUCGAGCUCGGCGGGCACUAAUAAGCACACUGCAUUGUGGUAACGACAACACGUCACUCUGGGGAGCAUGCCUGCCAAAAACUGACAACUUUUCUUGCGGCUGUUAUGUCCUUGAAUAUCUUCAUUUCUUGUAUCUAUCCUCUUUUUCACCAAACUUGUAAAUGGUAUGAUGAACUAUAUGAGAUUUUAUGUGUAUACGAUGUGCAUGUAACAUGUAGAAUAGGGUGUUUUUAUCGAAACCUUUUUUGAAAUGAUCCAGAUGUUUGGCACAAAAUGUGAUGCGCUGACUGCAUUGAGUUGUGUUGCCAAAUUGAACUUGGUUAUAUGAAGACUGACGUUUGUUUCGUUCCCUUAAUCCAGUUCUAACAAAAAUUCACUUCCGGUCGUAAAUGUUUACAACAAUAACAUACUGACCAACACGCUCACGCUGUUACUAGCAUCACCACUGCCUACGACGCAUCAACAACUGUGAACUCAAUUAUGUCAUCGAGGAUUUGUCAAAAAAAAGAAAAAGUGUCACCAGUUUAGAAAACUUGAAGAUGUUUUGUUGUUUUUAUUUGCAGAGGUUGAUUAUGAAGUGAAAAUCUUGAAGGCUGUACAAAAAUCAUGCUGACUUGUUGGUCCCUUUUCAACAUUUGCUUGCUGUUCAUAAGCCCGUGUGAGUCGCCUGCAGUACAAACUGAAGAUGUGAUGUAAAGAAGAAAAACACAACACAUGAAACGAUUCCUGCUGAACCGUCCUCUGCUGUAAAUGUUUCUGUUUGGACCAGAUGUGGAAUUAUUAUUAUGAGUUGUGCAAUCGUGGCUUUCCUUGCUUGUUUUUUUUGUUUUAACAUGAGAUUUUUGUGAACUUGUGUU